AGAGGAUGGGCGACCUGAGAAAUGAGCAGACAUGAGGCCCUGAAGGCAGCACGAGAAGGGGCGUGUGUGGUUUGUGUGACUAGGGUGACAGCUUCACAGAUCGGUCCACGCACUCUUCGUGUUCAGUCAUCAGUUUGCUGUGUCUGAGGAGGAGGUCUCUGUUUGCUCCAACAUGAGUGAAGAUAGCAGCGCUCUGCUCAGCAGGCUGCAGCAGUUGCAGUGUCACUUCACCUGGGAUCUGGACGUGCUGGACGUGGACCUGGAAACCCUGAGCACCCGAAUAGAGAUUGACAUAGAGUUUCAUCGUAAAGGAGCAGGUUGCUUCUACAGCCUCUUGGCUUAUUUCAGGUUUCUUCAGGAUCAACGAGAGGAAGCGCUGUCACUUUUAAACCAAUCAGAGGAGACUAUCAGGGAGAGUUACGGUGAUGAGAGUGAGAGGAGGCUCGUUGUGACGUAUGGAGACAUGGCCUGGCUGAAAUACCAUGAUGGAGACUUUGCACAGUCACAAAGCUACUGUCAGAAAGUCGAGGACAUACUGGUGAAGUAUCCCACUGGUUCAUCAGGAGGUCUCCUUCCAGAGGUGUACGGGGAACAAGGCUGGGCCUAUUUUAAGGUGUCAAGGUCUUCUAUAUCAAAAGCCAUCGAGUGUUUUCGUAAAGCACUUGAGGUACAGACUCAUGACACAGAGUGGAACAUCUGCUACGCCAUCGCUCUCUUUUGCAGAGAACAGUGGUUUUUAGAAAAUAAACAGGAAGAUGAGGAAUCCCAGGCCACCACACAGCUUCGCUUUGCAUUGGAGAUUAACCCAGAUAACGCUGCUCUGCAGUCUAUGCUGGCCAUGAAGCUGGUGGCCUAUAAGAAAUACGAAGAGGCUGAUGGUUUGGUGAAGAAAGCACUAGAAAAUGAUCCCGACAACCCUCAUGUCAUCCGCCAAUCAGGAAAUUACUUACUUCAUCAGAGUCGACUGGAUGAGGCUAUUGAUGUGUUUAAACGAGGCCUAAGAAGAGGCAAACAAUUAUCUUCCUUCACCUACCAGCUGGCUCUGUGCUACAAGCAGAAGAAAAUUGCUGAACAGUGCCGCAGGCCCUGCAGCAACAGAGAAGAGGUGCGUAAGUGGAGGCGUAUUUGUAUCAGUCACCUUGAAGAUGCUGUGAAGAUGAAGCCAUCCUUUGUCCGGGCGUGGGCUGAACUGGCACUGCUGUAUGCAGAGGAAGGGGAUAUGAGCAGGGCUGAGGAGACUUUCCAACACUGCUUGGAGGAGUUACCAGAGGUGGAGGAGGAAAAGGUUUGUCAGAUUAUCCAUCAGUGCUACGGUGACUUUCAUCAUUACCACACAAAAAAUGAGGCUCAAGCCAUCGCUCACUAUACCAAGGGGCUGCUGAUACCACUGAAAAAAUAUGAGUGGAGACAGUGUGCUAAGAAACUGAAGCAGAUCGCUGACAGACGUCUGGCAAAGAAUCGGGGUGAUGGUGAAGCUCUCGCUCUGCUGGGUCAGGUGGCCAGAGCUGAGGGCGACAGCAAGAAAGCUGCUUUUUUUUAUGAGAAAGCUCUGAACUGUGACAAGGACAAUGAAGAGUACCUGUCUGCUCUGUGCGAGCUGCGCCUGGAGCUGCAGUGAUCAUCCUCUGACUAAUCAUUAUCACUGCAAAAACUGGCUAUAACUAAUUUUUCCAAUCUUAUAUCAAGCCAAAAGUAUUUUUGAUCUUAUAUGUGCAGUUGAUACACUCAGAAAGAGCAAAAUAUAAUUAAUCUUGCGUCUUGUAUGUUAUCUUAUAAAUAAUUAUUUUAUCUCUUAGUUUUUAAAUUUAGUCAUUUAUAGCGCUUGUUAUCGUCACUGAUUUCUAGAAUCAAUUUAAUUCCAAUUAACCAGGUCCUGAUUUGAUUUGAUUUGAUUCAGUUUUGCCUCAGACAGUCAGAAAUAUUAUAUUUCUGAUCAUUUAUCAGUACUGACAUUUGUGAGACUUCAUUAGAGGUGUGAGCAUCCCUUUGUGUCAAAGUAACUGAGAAUAUAACACAGAAAAACAUGAAGGAGAGUUUCCAGGCCUGGCUUUUUAUAGCAGAUAACCUUAAAAAUAUUCAGCAGAAGAACUGAAGAAAAUCAACAUAUGAACAUUACCUGGUGCUACUCAAGAUGUUACAGAGAUUUUAUUAGAGACACGGCUAAGCGUUUUGCAAUUUGACAUUGUUUUAAAAAGUUUACAUUUCUUCGGUAUUGAACAGCAGAAAUUAGGCUUUCUUGUCUGAGGUCAUUUAAAAAAAACAGCGGCCGACAACACUGCACACAAGGGUGGCCUGGUGCGUAAUAAGCAAGCAAAUAAUGCAGAAAACAGAGAUUUGAGAUGGGAAACUGUUCUUGAAGUCCACUGAGAGAGAGAGAUGUGCAGAUUUUAUCAUGAUGGAAGCAAAACAGCAAAAGUCAGAGGGAAUUCAUGACGAUGUUUAUCAAACGUGAAGCGUAGUUUCGAUCUUCUUUUGCUGCUGGUUCAGUCAGUUUUGGUUGAGAGAGAAAAAACCUGAAGCUUCAGAGUCUGUGAGCUGUCAGCUUCAGCACCAAUGCCGUGUCCGUGUACGUGCCGUCGGGUGAGAAAGCCAAAUCUGACGUCUCAGAUUCUGAUGCGUCGCAUCCGCACUUUGUGUUUAGGUCUUAGUGCAGAAUCUGUUUGCUGUUUUAGCUGUUUGGUGGUUGUUGAAAUAGUUUUGUGAGCUUUAACCUGAUAUUCUGCUGUUUCUGGCAAAAUGCAUUUAUAUUCAUUGUGAAACCUUGUUAGUUACUAACAAUUCCCACAAUCAGACUUUUGUUGCACACACACUAACACAAUCAGCAUGGCUGCCCAGUGGCAUUGCAGGUGCGAAUGCUUGUCGGUCCCUCUGUGUAGCACCCCGCCUCUCGCCUUAUGGCAGCUGGAAUAAAACCUGAACUGGAAAAGCAUUUGGGCAGAACGUCCUUUCUGUCCAGGGUGGCCAUCUGUGGAACAGUCUUCCUCAACCCAUCAGAGAAUGCUCGACAUUCAAUUUGUUUAAGCCACAGGUUAAAAACUGGUUAUGGACAAAUCAAGUGUGUGAUCAUGUAUAAGUUGUAUAGUUUUAAUGUUUUAUUUGGGAACAGAAUGGUAUCUAUGUGUGAGUUUGGUGAUGGAGUUUUUUAUUAUGAAUGAAUUAUGAAUUUUCUAUGAAUUAUUAUGUCUAUUUUUUUAUGUUUAUGGACAACAGAUGGAAAUUAGCCCUCGGCUAUAUUCUGGUAUGUUUACAUUCAUGUAAUUUAUUUACAUUUAUGUUCAUUAACAUGCACUGUCCUAAAUAAAUAAAUUAAAUUAAAUUAAAAGCAGAGGAUGGAUGGACACUGAAACACUUUUAAAUUACUAUUUCUUACUUCAGUUUCAUGUGAUCAAUGCUCAAAUAAAGGUUGUUGUAUAUUGUACUAUGUGCUUUAAUUCAUUUAGUGUAAAUGCUUUGUCUUGGUUUAAUAUAAGAAAAUCCUUUAAUAAAAUUCUUGCUCAGUUUAA